AUGUACAAUGGCUUGCCUCGCAUCUGCAGAGCUCCGUGUCAUGCACUACAGCUGACCUGCCCCGCCGCCGCCCGCACCGCGCAGACGCAAUCAUCCAUCGCCCUUCGCCGCUCCCUCCAAACCGCCCAGAAAUCCGCAAAGAAGCAGAAACGACCCACUCAGGCGACCGCUACGGCAACCUCUACCCCGCCUCCGCACGCAUCCUCCCCAUCGUCCUCGUUUCCGCGCACGCAAAAAUGGGCCCGCCGGCUGGCAUGGACCGGCGCGGUGCUAGGCGGCAUCUACAUCGCCGACACGCAAUGGAACAACGCGGCCGUGACGCGAUCAAUGCGGACGUUCAAGACGGGCCUGGUGAUCGGAGUGGACUACAAGAUCAACUUCCGGGCGGACCCGCCGUUCGCCGAGUCGCUGGCCGAGGUGCACAACCGCAACGCGGAGCGCGUCUUCAACCUGCUGCGCGAGAACGGCGGGCUGUACCUGAAGAUCGGCCAGGCGAUCGCGAUGCAGAGCGCGAUCCUGCCGCCCGAGUUCCAGAAGAUGUUCGCGCGCAUGUUCGACGAUGCGCCGCAGAAUGGGUGGGAGGAUGUGGAGAGGGUGGUGCGUGAGGACUUUGGGGGAAAGGGCCCGGAGGAGGUGUUUGGGGUGAGUUUUACGGGAGAGGAGGGGAAGGGGGUCAUGGAGAGAACGGCGAGGGCUAGCGCGAGCGUGGCGCAGGUGCAUUGGGCGAGGUUGCCUGAUGGGAGAGAGGUCGCGGUCAAAAUCCAGAAGAGGGAGAUUGCGGCGCAGGUGGGAUGGGACCUUUGGGCUUUCAAGGUCAUGGCGAGAGUGUAUACCUGGUGGUUUGACCUGCCGUUAUAUUCGCUGGUGCCGUACAUUUCGGAGCGGUUGAUGCUGGAGACAGAUUUCGAAAACGAGGCGGAUAAUUCGGAAAAGAUGAAGCAGCUGGUCGAGAACGAGCCACGGCUACGCGGACGCGUGUACAUCCCGAAGGUAUACCGUGAGCUCAGCAGUAAGCGCGUCAUGACCGCCGAGUGGAUAGAGGGAACCAGGCUGUGGGAUAAGGAAGGCGUCACAAACCAUUGGAGAGGGGGGUGGCGUGAGGGAAGCCCAGGAUGCAAUGGCUCACCACUUGAUCCUCCCUCGAAAGAAGCUGUCUCGUCGAUAUCACACAAUGACCCCAACCAGGAGCAACUCAAACCUCAGAGAGAUUCAUGGCGCGGAACGGACGGGAAGGGAGGUCUUGGUCUCUCACUCAGGGAUGUCAUGACCACCAUGGUUGAUUUGUUCAGCGCGCAAAUGUUCCUCUGGGGGAUCGUUCAUUGUGAUCCUCAUCCUGGUAACAUCUUCGUGCGGCGCCUGCCCAACGGGAAGCCGGAGAUCGUACUUAUCGACCACGGCCUGUACAUUCAGAUGAAUCCCGACUUCCGGCACCAGUACGCGCUUUUAUGGAAGUCUCUUAUGACAUUUGACAAUGCCACCAUCGCUGAGAUCGUCAAGGGCUGGGGCAUCGGCUCGCCGGACCUCUUCGCCAGUGCAACGCUGAUGCGACCGUACACGGGCGGCGACAACUCGACGUCGGCUGAGAUCCGGAAGGGUGUGAAGGGGAAGACGGAGGGAGAGCGGGCGUACGAAAUGCAAAUGAAGAUGCGAGCGGGCGUCAAACAGAUUCUAACCGACGAGACCAAGUGGCCGCGCGAGCUCAUAUUCAUUGGGCGCAACUUGCGAAUCGUCCAGGGUAACAACCAGUUUCUCGGCAGCCCCGUCAAUCGCAUCAAAAUCACCGGUCUGUGGGCUAGCCGCGCACUGGCAGAGAGCAGAGACUUACCCGUCAGUGAGCGACUGAGGAACUGGGUCAAGCAUCUAAAGUUCCGGUUCGUGCUACUGGGCAGCGAUGCCGUUUGGUGGUACGCGUGGGUCAAGCAGAAGUUGGGAUUGGGAGGUGGCAUGGAAGAGGAGAUCGAGGCGCAGAUGAAAGUCAUGGCCAAGGAUAUGGGCAUUGAGCUCAACCAUGGCGUUUUUGAGGGCUGA